GAUGGGCUGCGCCAUUUCCCUCCUCCCCGCGGUCAGAUGGUCGGUCCCGGGUGGACCUGCCGUUGUGCCCCCCCGCGAGCCGCUCCCGCCAUGAACUGCCGUGCGGAGGUGCUGGAGGUGUCGGUGGAGGGUCGGCAGGUGGAGGAGGCCAUGCUGGCAGUGCUCCACACCAUCCUGCUGCACCGCAGCACCGGCAAGUUCCACUACAAGAAGGAGGGCACCUACUCCAUUGGCACCGUGGGCACCCAGGACGUUGACUGUGACUUCAUCGACUUCGCCUACGUCCGAGUCUCCUCCGAGGAGCUGGAUCGGGCCCUCCGCAAGGCCGUCGGGGAGUUCAAGGAUGCGCUGCGCAACUCUGGCAGCGACGGCAUGGGGCAGAUCUCGCUGGAGUUCUACCAGAAAAAAAAGUCACGCUGGCCCUUCUCGGAUGAGUGCAUCCCCUGGGAGCUGUGGACCAUCAAGGUGAACGUGGUGAACCUGGCUAACGAGCAGGAGCGGCAGAUCUGCCGGGAGAAGGUGGGCGAGAAACUCUGUGAAAAGAUCAUCAACAUCGUGGAGGUGAUGAACCGCCACGAGUACCUGCCCAAGAUGCCCACCCAGUCAGAGGUGGACAAUGUCUUCGACACCGGCCUGAAGGAUGUGCAGCCCUACCUGUACAAGAUCUCCUACCAGAUCACGGACUCCCUGGGCACCUCGGUCACCACCACCAUGCGCCGGCUCAUCAAGGACACACUGGCUCUGUAGGGCUGGGUUCACCUCGCGUGGUGGCACCUCUCCAGCGCAGCCCCUGGCUCUUUGGGACGGCGGCUCUGCUUGGAUCUCUGCCUCCAGAAAGCCUCGGCAUGGAGCUGGACUCGGCCUGGCCCUUAACUGGGGGCUGCUGCUAAUUCGGUUUGCACCGCAGGGCGCUCGCUGGGCUUGGAGAACCGGCUUGGUGGCUCCUGGGCUGGCUGAGGGGGUGGCGAGUCCUUGGGGCGGGAGCUGCUGGUCGGCGUGUGCGGCAUCGGCACCGGCUCGGCGCUGGGUUCCUGGCCCGGCAGAGCGAUGCUGGGGAUCGGUGCAGAGCCGGGAUGGCGUCUGAACCCCGUCUGGCCCUGCCUGCGGCCGCUCUCCGCCUCACUCUGUGCCAGCACCAGCCUCGUCCCUCGUCACCAUGUGUCCCCCCCAGCGGCACCCCCCAUCCCUUGGACUGAGCUGCUUCCCCGCGGGGCCCGAAGAUGAGCUCGCUGCCUCCUCUGGGGCAAAAAUAAAGUAUUUUUCCUUU